CCACCACGCAAUCCGUCUCUGCCGCAGGGUAACCCGCGUAGGACCGAUAACCGGCGACUUCGCGAGUCGUCGCCUUCUCCAGUGAGGUGAGUGCUGGCCCUGCUUGUUUUUAUUUUAGCCGUCUUCCCCAUUCCGACGCGGUGCAGCAUCAUAUCUGGAAAUCUCCAUGUGAUUGCGGCCCGCGCCCCUGUGCUGUAACCCAGGCCUAGUGGUACUGUAUCCAUAUCUCUCUCAGCGGGCAUAGUGGUAGUUCCUAUUCCCGAACGCCCGCAGUCCCUUUGACGAAAAACCUGCGCAUACACUUUCAGAGGCGUCUCCGCCUUCAUGUACCCGCAAAACGGCCCGCGGAUUUGCGGAGCAAGUCUGCAAGCCGCGGUGGGUACUACUUUGGAGAUCCUGCUCAAGGUACUUCCGAAGUUGCUUCGAGUUGCUGCCGACUACAGAGGCACUUCGGCAAUUGUUACCGUCUCCAAAACUAAAAGCCAGGCUUGCCUGCCCCCCACGCUCCGAACUUUACACGCCACACGGUUGGAGCCUGCGAGUGCUACUGCUACUGCCUCGCCGGGAAACAGUUGUGGGCAUGAUGGCAGAAAGGAGAACGAGAGGUGUUGUCGGUGGUUCAACCCGGCGAAUAACGGGCCCCUGGGCAGGAUCACAGCAUCAUCACCAUUGAGGGGGCAGGUGUCUCUUUUCGCUUCCGGUCUGGCCCACUCUUCGCCGACUGGCUGGGACUCCGAAUCUCUAAAAUCCCUGUCAACCCCACCCAAACUCUUCGACAGAUCUAGCCCGAUCAGAUGUCAUGAGUCGGGCCCAAAUUCCGUUAGCUCGGCGGCGUGCGGAGGGGUCCAGGUCCAAUUCCACGUUCGCUUUCUGCACCUUACCCGGACUUUGUGGCUGUGCUGUUGAAGAUCAUGAUCACCACUCGCUGACGCCGAUGCGCAUGCAAUCACUCUUUCUUCCGUCACACUCCCCUUUCCCACCUAUCCCUCGUCCUAGCGGUUGGCCUGCCCCGGUUGCCUUCGGGUCUACAAAUCUCGCAAGGGGUCGCGUGGGCUGCCCACGUGGUUACCUUGCAUCAUUGCGCCUGUCUGCCUUCACAUUGCCGGACAUUUUCUUUUAACUGGCUGUUGCUGAGAAGUCAUUUCGUCUCGGAUCGCAAAAUCGACAUCGGAAAUGAUGGCCACGCUAACAGAGAGUCCCCUUCGUCGCACCAGGUUCCAACAGCAUGUCGGCUUCGAUAACCUGCCUGUCGGCGAGGCCACCAAGAACAACCCUUCGUCGUUUACCCUGCAAGCCAGGCACUGGGGCUACCAGCCCUCGCGGAGGUCCCGCACAUUCAU